CCUACAUACAUGGAAAGUGCAUAGGGAGACGUAAACGUCAUAAUCCAGGUCGAACAGAGAGAGAGGAGAGAGAGAGAGAGGAGAGAGAUAGUGGUGGUUUUAAUUUCUUUUUCCUCAAAAUUCAAAAUCCUAGAUUUCACAUCUCAAUUUAUUACUCUCCCACUAAUGAUAUACUAAUAAUCCCUAUACUCAACCUCAUACCCUCGUUUCCUCUCCAAUUUCCCUAGAAAAUUCGUUUAAUUUUCUCGGUUCUAGGGUUUGGAGGUACUUCACAGUGAAAAAAAUUCCCUUUUUUUUAAACUCUCGAAUUUUCAUUUGCCUUUUUUUCGAGUCGAGGAAAAUGAGUAGUAGAAAGGAAGAAGAGCGGAACGAGAAGAUAAUAAGGGGUCUCAUGAAGCUUCCCCCCAAUCGCAGAUGCAUCAAUUGCAACAGCUUGGGACCUCAGUAUGUUUGUACGAACUUUUGGACAUUUGUUUGUAUCACAUGCAGUGGGAUACAUCGUGAGUUUACUCAUCGUGUGAAGUCUGUAUCCAUGGCUAAGUUCACUAUCCAGGAAGUUGAGGCUCUUCAGAAAGGUGGUAAUCAGCGUGCUAGGGAAACUUUUUUGACAGAUUGGGACCCACAGAGGCAGAGACUGCCUGAUAGCAGCAAUGCUGAUAAAGUUCGGGAGUUUAUAAAGAAUGUUUAUGUGGAUAGGAGAUACGUUGGGGGAAAAAACUCUGAUAGGCCUCCAAGAGAUAUGCAGAACCCUAGGCACCAUGAAGAUGAGACGAGACGAGCUAGUUCAUAUCACUCUUAUUCUCAAAGUCCACCAUAUGACUAUCAAUAUGAAGAACGUCGUUAUGGAAAACCAGCCCCUGUACUUACUAGGAAGCCUGGAUCAGAUCGGGGCCUUUAUGAAGGGAGAAUCUCUAGUUUCUUCAGUCCUAGUCGUUUUAGUGACCAAACGAAUGAGGACAGGUUUGCAAAUGAGGGAUCAAAUCCCAGAGCUUCAGACUAUUCCGUGUCUAGUGCCGGUGAUCCAUUCAAGUCAGAUACCCAGUCACCAAAUUUUCAAAGAGACAUUAUCAGUCCUCCUUAUCAAACUUCAAGGGAUAUCUUAAAUGAACACAUUCAACGUCAAACAAUGAGUACAUUCUCAGAGUCAAACACCAAGACAGAUGCAGACAGGGUUCACUGUCCACAGAGAACUGCAUCUUCAGGCAGCUUUGGAUCAUUUGACAGCAAUUCCAUGUCUCUCAAGUCAGUUAAUUCAGUUAGUUUAGUGGAUAUUGCCUCAGAAUCUGAGCAAUCUGGGACCAACCAGGAUAAACAGUAUGCUGAUCCCCCUCUACAACAAUCAUCAGUGUCUGGAAAUUUUGGUGGCUUGGACCUGUUUAAUGCACCAUUUGCGCCACAAAUUGUUCCUUCAGCUUCGGCCAUUGAUUUGUUUCAGUUUCCAGCGACACAGUCAACUCCUCCAGUAGAUUUGUUUCAGCCAUCUUCUAUUGCUUCAGUUCCAACUUUGCAUGCUCAUCAACCGUCCCAAACAAAUCCCUCAUCUUUAGAUCUAUUCGCUGAUAUGCCUCAUCAGCAGCCAGCAGCAACCUUGGAUAAAAAAUCACCAGAUGAGGUUGUCCUGAAGAAUGAAGGAUGGGCCACGUUUGAUUUGCCUCAACACAUGGCAUCUACUCAGGGCAUUGGAAAUUCUACAACUGCAGUAGUACCUCCUACCGAUGGAGGUUCUUUGGGAAUGUUUGACCCACAUUUACUGCCAUUUACAAGCGUGCAGUGGCCAGCAUUUGAAGAUAGUAAUGCUCAUGUGCCUUCAUCAAUGCCCACUCUAUGGCAUGAGACCCCGGAUAAUGUUCAAUCUGCCAAUAAUGCAACGAGAACUCAAGCAUGGAAUGCUUUUGAAGAUCCCACUGGAGUCAUACCUCACGGGAGCAUUCAACAAAGUAGUGAAGAAAUUGCUGUGCAUGCACCUUCUACAACUGUGAAUCAGUAUUUGGGUGUAAGAGUCUCAGAGGACUUUGGGGAUGGACUUCAAAGAGCUGCCUUGGAUAAUGGACCUCUUAAUCCCAAUGUACCAUUACAUGUUAAUGGAUCAUCAUAUGCUUCAUCUUCAAUUCCUUCUAUGGUAGGAGCACAGUCCCAUGCAACAGAUGGCAAAUCUAUCAACCCAUUUGAUCAUCCCUAUGAUUCUGAUUUUGAAUCCAGCAGUAUGUUCUUGGACAUGAGUUCUUUGCAAGCUGCCCUGCCAAGUGAUCAAAUUCCAAAUACCUUCCUUGAUGGUGUAACUCAGCCAUGGUUUCCUCCGAAUCCGGUUCCGUCUUAUAUUCCAGCUGCACAGCAAGGUGCCUUGGGAUUCAUGGGAGGACCAGCGCCAGGCACUCAAAUGCCCUGA